GAAUCUCUCAGCGCUGCCUGCGUGCGCAGCACGAAAGCUGUAUUAAGGAGAAAUGAGUUUAGUCUGGAAUAUUGGUCACUGUCAUUCGUACACAAUUGAUUCAUAUAUGAAAUUUUAUAACAAAUCGAGUACUAUAAACAGUGUUUUUAGACAAAAUAAAACUAAAUUACAACUAAAUUUUUAUUUCACUAUUUUUGCGUAUACGACUGAUUGAGAAGGACCUAAUAUUUUCUGCAAAAUUCUUUCCACGUUUUCUUUCUUUUCAAAAUGGCGGCGUCUGCGCCCCUGGAAAUUUUUCUCCCUGAAAGAAAAAGUUGUAAAAUUUCUAAAUUGAAAGUGAAAUCUGGCUCGAAAGUAUCAAAAGGAACCGUAUUGUUAUUCUAUAGAUCUGAAAAUGAAGAUAUCGGUGGUGAAGAGAAAGGACCUGAGCAGAAAUUGAAGUCUCAAGAUGUUGGAACUGUCAAAGAUAUCCUUGCAAAUGAAGGAGACGAAGUGAAACCAGGGUCGGUUGUCUUGAGGAUUGCAAGAUGUUCACAUCCCACAGUUAUGAAAGACAUGUGUGCAGAAUGCGGGGAAGAUUUGAGAAAGGAUGACGAUGACAAGCAGACACCUGCAAGCAAAGCAUCUGUUGCUAUGAUUCAUAGUAUUCCUGAACUUCAUGUCAGUAAAGAAGAAGCUGAUGUUCUUGCCAAGAUUGAUGAGGAUUCUCUUAUCAAGCACAAAAAGUUGGUUCUUCUUGUUGAUCUGGAUCAGACGCUAAUUCACACUACGCUUGAUGAUGUCCCUGCAGAGAUGCCUGGAGUUCACCAUUUCCAGCUGAGGAAGGGUCCCAUGUUCCCCUGGUACCACACUCGGAUCAGGGAUAACUACCAACAGUUCCUGGACAUCAUCAGCCAGUUCUACCAGCUCCAUAUAUUUACCAUGGGGGUCCGCCUCUAUGCUCAUACUAUUGCGGAGAUCAUUGACCCGGAUGGGAAGUUCUUCUCCCAUCGUAUCCUCUCCAGGGACGAGUGCUUUGACCCCAACUCAAAGAAAGCAAAUUUAAGGUCCAUAUUUCCUAGAGGUGACAAGAUGGUGUGUAUCAUCGAUGAUAGGGAUGAUGUGUGGAGCUUUGCUCCAAACCUAAUCCAGGUUCCUCCCUACCGCUUCUUUGAAGGCACAGGUGAUAUCAACUCCCCUCUAAACCUUAAUGAUCGCAACAAUGCACCUGUGAAAAGGCCCAGGGAAUCACAGCAUAAGUCCUCGCCUCCCUCUCAGAAGGGAGAUGGUGAUGAUGGCCUGAGAGACACGGAGAGUAAGGAAGGAAAGGGAGAAGUGAGUAAGGAGGCUGGUGAGGAAGAGAAGACCAUGGACAAGAACAAGGUGGUGGAUGAGAAAUCGGAGGUGUGCAGUUCAGAGGUGUCCUCAACAACCAAGGAUAGCGAGGAAGAAUCCAGUGACAAAGUAGACAAGGGACGUGGGAAGGGGGCAGGAGAGGGAGAUAUGAAAGGGUUAUCAAAGGAUGAAAUGGAAGAAGGCGAACUUGCCCAUGAAAAGGAGAGUGACAGUGAUAAGGUAACCACUACAGAUGGAACAGGCACAGAAGCGACGUCGCCUGUGGAAGAUCAGGAUGAAUACUUGCUCUACCUUGCAGACACGCUGACACGCAUUCAUAGGAAAUUCUUUGCACAAGUAGAUGCAAAUCCUCGGGAGCUCCCGGAUCUGAAAUCCAUUGUUCCUGCAAUGAGGAUGUCUGUUUUGAAAGGAUGUAACAUUGUCUUCAGCAGUGUGUUCCCCACUAAUAUGCCACCAGAACAGAGCAGAGUGUGGAAAGUGGCUCUUGCGCUAGGGGCUAAGGUCUCCCCUCAGAUUGUUACAAAGAGUAAAGAGGAACAGGCAAAAGGAAGGGCCACUACGCAUCUCGUCGCUGCCAAGGUUGGCACGUCGAAGGUCCAUGCAGCCAAGCGCAGCAAAAGUAUCUUAAUUGUUGAACCCGAUUGGCUGUGGUGCUGUUGGGAGAGAUGGGAGCGGGUGGAUGAGAGGCUCUUUCUUCUUGCCGAUGCCAGUAAACAUGGCAGCAGAAGUAGCACCCCUGGCUUCAGUGACACAGAAAGUAAUGGAUCACAGAAAGGAAAAGGCAAGGCCAAGGUGAACACUAAUGGAAAAGCUGGCUCUACUGGGAUUCCAGGGCAAAGAACAAAGAGCAGACCUUUGAGCAUGUCGGAGGACUAUAAUCCAAUGUUUAGCUUCUCAUCAGAAGACCUUGCCAGUAUGGAUAAGGAAGUUGAGGACAUGUUUGGAAGCAGUAGUGGUGAAAGCAGUAGCAGUAGUAGCAGUGAGUCAGAGGAUGAUGAUCGGUCCAACCCAACAAGUCUAGGCAGCUUGACCAGACCGGCUUCCUCCUCAAGCGAUGAAAGCCUGACAGCAGAAAACCCCAGAGGAUGGAAGCGCAAGCGAGAAGAAAUGGAGGACAAUGACGAUGAUGUGAAUGAUUUUGACCCAUUUGCCAAUAGGCCUGCAGAGGACAGUAGCUCAAGUGCAGGGUUGAGUGAAGGAGAAGAAUGGUUUAGUGAGGAAGAAGGGCAGAAGAUGGCAAAUGCCAUUGAUGACUUACUGACGUACAAGAGAAGCGUCAGAAAAUGGGAUGAAGGCUGAUCAUGCCGAAUUUCAAUACCAAUAAGAGUCAGUUAUGAAUUAUGUGAUUUACAACAAAAGUACUGCUAAUAAUGGUGUAUAAAGCACAAAGAGUUGCCCCUGUUCUUGAUUUGCUUUCCGUCCUUGAUAGCUCGUUUAUAAGUUGAGUUGAAUUGACUUCCCUGUAGGUUAGAAAAAUGACAAAAUGCAUGCUACAACAUAAAUGGUCACUCAAAGAACUUUCCUAAAAAUUUUAACAGAUCUUGACCUUCAAGUUUAUACCAAUAUCAAGCCUUUCCUUGUUGCAGUUUUUUCAUUGUCUUAUUACAUGUAGCGAUAACCAGAAAUCUAAAUACUGCUUAUGAAACUUAACUUGCAUGUUGAUAUUAAAAAAACGGACCUAGAAGCACACAUUUUUCCUAGUUCUAUUGUGAUUCAUGAAUAUGUAAUUACUAAUCUUCCAGCAUGAAUGCUGGAUUAAUUAGCAAGUUUCAAUACGGGUGAAUUGUACAUUUAACACUUUGUAUAUAAUGAAGUAGAGAGGUAAAUGUUUGUUGUUCACCGCUUGUCAAAAGAGGAGAAGAAAAAAAACCUGUUCAUGAGCUUACAAUUCUUUUUAGGUUAAUUUUGAGAUAUGGACCAAUAGUUGCUUGUGCUUUGUGAGCAUCGCAGCUCUCAAAGAAUUUUUAAUCAUUAUUUGUGCAAACUUUGUGGAUUUCUGAGUCUAAUUCGAAUUCCUAAUGUAUUGUAUGUAAUAGAGCCGUGAAUGAUUUAUUGUGCCAAGUGUUACUUUUUCAGCAAAAUGUUCAUGGGAGACAUAAUGUUAGUCUGUUAAACUUGUUUAUCUUAUAAAGCUAAUUCAUUAUUAGAUUGAUAUUGCCACCAUUGACCAAGUCUGUAUUUUGCAUGUUUUAAUAAUCUUCCUGUUAAUACAAGAAUGAUUUAAAUCACAAGCAUCAGGAUGACAUUCUCAAAGUGUUGCUGCAAAUAAUGUACAAACUCCCUGAUAAACGAAUGUCCAAAAAUAUUCACUCAUAGGGCUUUAUCAAGUGUUGAAAUGGGUGCUAUGGGCUGAAAAUCACAAUAUCUGAAAAAACAGAGUAAAAUUCCUUGACAAAAUUUUCAGUGAUUUGUUUGUUUGAUCAAGUAUCUGUUCAAAUAAAAUGAUUUUUUUAGCCUGGACUUCUGCUUUAAUCAAGCAAAUGAAAGCAAAGAAGAAACCUAGAAAAGAACUGUUGUGCUUCCACUUUUCUCUGUCGCUUUUUCCACCAACUUUAGAGCUAUAUUUCUUUUUUGUUGCAUUAUGUGUGCCUCUGUUUGUUACGUGUACAAAGUGUGUGCACUUUACUGGAUGAUUCAACGCAUUUUCAAGAUGGGUUGAACACUUGAUAAAGCUCUUUUUGCAAAAGAAUAAACAUUGUUGUGAGCAUUGUUGGUUUUACCGGUUUUAUUGAUUUAGUCAAGUUUAGGAGAAAAGGCCGUUAUGAACAAUCUGACCUCAUUUAGUAGGCCUUGAUUAAUUGGAACAACUCCAUUGACUGGCCGUAUCUCCCGUUCAAUUUAGCUAAAGAAACAAGCCAGAAAUGAGAGUAACCUUUUUAUUAUUUCAUUUUUAUCUUGCACAGACAAGCAAAAUGACAUCCGGAAUCAUCCAUAACCCAAAAGAAAAACAGGGGCCCAUUUCAUAUAAAGUGUUACAACUAUGGUAACUUUGCUGUUAUGACAACUACCAUGGUAACGGGGCUCAGCAGCCGAUCCCAAUCAAGAAUUCUGUGGUAUUUAUUAUAAUGGCAAGGUAACAAUAGUCUUUACGAGCAGGGCCCCAGAUCUUCUACGACAAUAGCACUCUCAUUCUUAACCCAUUAGUUACCUCUUGAAGGGUGUCCC